AAAAUAACAGCUUUGACCGUCGCAAAUUCAUAAAGCCAUGCGUCCUCAUUUUGCAAGCGAUCAUGGCGAUGGACGAGUGGGCGGUCCAUUUCAUAGGCACAGGUCGAUUCAUAAGCUUCCUGGUGGGGGGAAAGUUGAGGACAUUCUGCUCUGGAAGGACAGGAACUUAUCUGCAGGUGUCCUUGCCGGUGCCUCAUUGAUGUGGUACAUGUUCGAUGUGGCUGAAUACAACAUAAUCCCGCUCCUUUGCCAGGUUGUCAUCUUUGCCAUGCUCGUGAUCUUCAUUUGGUCGAACGCUGCGCUGCUCUUGAACAUAGCCCCACCAAGAAUCCCAGAAGUCAUCAUCUCUGAACAUGCCUUCCGAGAAACAGCAAGGACCAUCCAUUACAAAUUGGCAUACAUUGUGGCUCAUCUUUAUGACAUUGCAUGCGGCAAGGAUCUGAAGAAAUUUCUCUUGGUGGUAGGGUCUCUGCUAAUAUUGUCAGAGAUUGGAAGUUCUUACAGCUUCACAACUCUACUAUAUCUUGGAUUUUUGUGCGCCCACACUUUGCCAGCAUUGUACCAAAGAUAUGAGACAGAGGUGGACCAUCUAGCUGCGAAGGGUAGCGAAGACAUCAAGAAGUUCUACAAGAAGAUCGAUUCCAAUUUGCUCAACAAAAUACCAAAAGGCCCUGUAAAGUCAAAAGUUAAAUAA